AUGAACAAUUCCGACUGCUAUUGUGCUCAUGUUGUCAAUGUGAGCAGUGAUCAUACCAUUCAACUAGUGAUAUCAGCCACUGGACCAAACACUACACAACUAAACAACUUCCUAUUCGCUCAUCCAGUACAUCUUCAUGGACAUUAUUUUCAAGUAGCUGAUAUACAAUUUGGUCCUACUAAUAAUAUUACAGGAAGGUUGGAGGAAGGAAGCAGUGAUAUUAAUUGUGGCGGAGACCUACUGUGUACUAAUCCAUCAUGGAAUGUAAAUACAUAUGAUGACUUUGAUCUCGAUCCUUCGGCUCCACUGAAGGAUACUCUGUUAAUACCAGCUGGUGGGUAUGCUGUUGUGUAUUUUAAAACUGAUAAUCCUGGUUGGUGGUUCCUACACUGUCAUAUUGAGGUACAUCAAUUGGAGGGAAUGGGAGUCAUCAUUAAUGAAGGAGGGAAGAAGACACCUGCUCCUUAUAAAAUGCAGAAAUGUGGUAAUUUUGAGCUAACAGUAGAUGAGUUUAAGAAAGCAAUAAAGGGGAAGCUGAAUCCUAGUGGUGUUGACGGUUAUAAAAUUGCUACUAUUGUACUAGGAUCAGUCUUAGGAGUUGUUCUGUGUAUUCUUUUGAUUGUAUUGUUUAAAUGUGCUUGCUGUAAUAAGACUAGUAAGUAUAGUAGAGUUUAUUAA